AUGCUGGCUCGCAAUGGCGCUCCUCAAUAUUCCUUGCUUUUAGAUGGGGCAGAUGCUCCCAUCAUGAAUUCCGCACUGCGGAAGUGGUUGGCCCCAGUGGCGCUGCUGCUCUCAGCUCUGUUUUGUCAAAAUGCGGGGCUCUACUCCGCCACCUGCGUGUACUUGCAGUGGGCAGAUGCUGCUGAAGGUGAUGCAGCGCAGCACAAUGCAGCCAGUGCUGCAGCCUUUUCGAAGGGCGUAGGGAGUACAUCCUUGGAAGAUCCCUUGCAUCAACUGCUGAAAGGCUCGCAGCUGGCUGAGUCUUUAGAAGGUUUGAGCUGGGCUCCCGAAGUUUGGGUGGACCUACUCACCGAUUGUGUGAUCAUCUCCCUUCUCAUUCAGCUGGUGCGAAUCAACGACUUAAAAUCCUGGACGCAUUUGGCCCUCACAGCCACGGUGCUGGCCAUCCUCAAAGGCGUUCUCGCCUGGUCCACGGUGCUGCCCGAUGCCAGUGGUUGGAUGGGGUGUCAACGACGCCUAGGACCUCAUGGCUUGAUGUACUUUCGCCAGCAGAACAGUGAGGGCCUUGGGACGAUCACUUCCAUGGUGGAUAUCUUUCUCCUCACGGUGCAAAGUUUAUGGCUCUUGGGUCGAGCGGCUCCGCAGCAGCUGUGUGCUGAUACACUGUUUUGCUGUUCGACAAGUACUACUGUCCUGGUCUGUUUGGGUGCAUAUGAUGCUGUGUCCGCACGAAUCGAUGAAGUAAGACGUGAGCGGCGCUCCGCAAUACUUGGGUUGACUGGUUUGAUCCUUUGUGCAAUUCUGGCAGCUGACGUUGCAUUGGCAGUAGGAAGCAAGCUGCAUUAUAGCGUCGACGUGCUCCUAGCUAUCCCUUUGACCUUCCUGGUCUAUGGAAAUCCUGCCGUUGCCAUGUGCGCCAGCGAAUGGGCAGAACGAGACACUGACAGGAGACCUGUCUCAAUGAAUGGCCACACCUUUGAACCAGAUCUGGGAAUGGUGGCAGUUGAGCCCUGUUGCUUUCCUUUCGGCAAAAUGGCUGGCAAGUACUUUUUACAGCAGCGAGAAGUGUCUUCGGAAUUUCAGCGUUUCCGUUGGACGGAAGACCAGCAACGUGUCUUCCGGCAGAAGAAGGUCGAAAUGACCGGAAAGUUGGAGGCCAUGCGACGUCGCUGCAGCACUUUGGCAGACUCCUUGGAGGCGCAGCAAGAUGCAGCGCAGCGAUUGCUACUGGAGCGAGAGCAGGAGCUGGACGAGAAGCUGGAGGAUGCAAAGGCUGAGCAGGACCGGCAGAUCUCCGAGCAGCAGAAACGCUUGGAUGGGGAACUCAAGGCCCUCGAAGUCUGGAAAAGCGCCGCAAAGCACGCAGAGACCUAG